AGAGUUGGCUUUUGAUGCUCUGACACUGUUGGUAUUUCUUCAAUAACUGAGAUUCCAGGACGAAGGCAACUAAAGAUGGGUUGGGAUGGAGACUAUCAGGCCAAUGGCACUGAGGGCAACAACUUCUACAUCCCCAUGUCCAACAGGACUGGAAUAGUUAGAAGCCCUUUUGAAUACCCUCAGUACUAUAUGGUGGAUUCAAUGGUCUACAAGUUUCUAGCUUGCUACAUGUUCUUCUUGAUUUGCACUGGGACUCCCAUCAAUGGCCUGACAUUGUUUGUAACAGCUCAAAACAAGAAGCUCCAUCAGCCUCUCAACUACAUCCUGGUGAACCUGGCUGUAGCCGGACUCAUCAUGUGCCUCUUUGGCUUCACCAUCACUAUCGUAUCUGCUUUUAAUGGUUAUUUCUUUCUUGGACCCACUACAUGCGCUAUUGAAGGAUUCAUGGCCACACUUGGAGGGGAAAUUUCCCUCUGGUCCCUGGUUGUUCUGGCUGUUGAAAGGUAUAUUGUUGUGUGCAAACCCAUGGGGAGCUUCAAAUUCUCCGGAACCCAUGCUGGAGCUGGAGUCCUUUUCACCUGGUUCAUGGCUCUUGCUUGUGCUGCACCCCCACUUUUUGGGUGGUCCAGGUACAUUCCUGAGGGUAUGCAGUGUUCCUGUGGACCUGAUUAUUACACCUUAGCUCCAGGCUUCAACAACGAGUCGUACGUCAUCUACAUGUUUGUCGUUCACUUCUUCACUCCUGUCUCCCUGAUUUUCUUCACUUAUGGAAGCCUUGUUUUGACAGUAAAAGCUGCGGCAGCCCAGCAGCAGGACUCAGCAUCUACCCAGAAAGCUGAGAAGGAAGUAACACGUAUGUGCGUCCUGAUGGUCCUGGGCUUCCUGGUAGCGUGGACUCCAUAUGCUACCUUUGCUGGCUGGAUCUUUUUGAAUAAAGGAGCUACUUUCACUGCCUUGACUGCUUCUAUCCCUGCUUUCUUUGCAAAGAGCUCUGCACUGUAUAACCCUGUCAUCUAUGUGCUUAUGAACAAACAGUUCCGUACCUGCAUGCUAACCACUGUUGGAAUGGGCGGCAUGGUGGAGGACGAGACCUCAGUUUCAGCAAGCAAGACAGAAGUCUCAACCGCUGCUUAA